AUGAACAAGUACACGGUUACUGCCGUCAAUAAGAGAUACCUUGAGGUCAGUGGUGGGUUUACGGAGAGCAUCACGAGAACGCUCGCGUACCAUGUUUCCAAUGGACGGAAGUGGAAUUUAGUGUUCCGCUCGUACGAUGGAAGUCUCGACACUAUCGACGCUAUCCCAGAGCAUGAUUGGCGAGGAACCAACGCUCGGAUCGGUACGAGGAGUCCUAAAGCAGUGUCCCCCAACGUGAUUAACGUCGGGAAUCCUGCAUCCUUACAGACGAUUCAUCUGGAAGUCCAUGAUGUCUCAAUAGCGACGCCGUACACGCUGAGCUUUGCAGGCGAAACGAUCGUGGAUACUGGUACGACAAACCCAAAGAAUAUCCCGUGGACGACUAUCAACGAUGAAAUGAAGAAAGCGCUUGAAAGCCUCGAUAGUGUGGAUGGAGUAAGAGUUACGUCAGUGUUACGGGGUGGCACUGCAAUAACGCCGUCGCAGUGA